GCACCACGUUGAGGUUAUGCAUACUGUGUUGCUGUUAAGCACCUAGAUGUCUCAGUGGGGAUGUCACCAUCAAUGGUUGCGGUCGCUAUGUAUAGGGAAUCAUAACUACGGCGUCUGACAAGCCUUUCCUUUUUCACCGUGCGAGAAUUUCCGGGACGGUCUCUUAUGGUUCUCUCAUUAAACACAUAUCAAAGUGCCUUGGUGAUGUCCUAAGUAAAGGACGCCCUGUUCGAAUGAUCAGCAACAAAUCUCCUUGCCGACAACUAUUGACUCCAGAUUGAGUCCAAGGAACGCUCUGUUGGACUUAACAAUGAACGUGUUGCCGUGGGCCUCGUUUCCAAGGGAUCUACAUCUAUCUACAUUCUUUGAAGCUAUACAUAUACCUCCGGGCAUCAACGCGAAGGCUGGACAGCCCGAGCGAGCAUGUACCCCCUCAUCCCCUGACUCUUCACCUUCAUCCUCACCUAAAUUGUUGGGUGAGCCAACACCAUCUCUUCAGUCCAAAUCCAGCCCGUCUUUACGCGACCAGGGCCGUCGUUCCCGAUCAACUAGAUUCUCACCAUAUUCUUCUACAUUUAUAUCAGCUCGGCGGAGAAGCAGUAUAUCCCCUGAUUCCUCUUCCUCUUCUUCAGACACCGAUGGUUUAUCUGAACGAUCCAGUUCUUGUUCACCCACUCUUCGAUCAUCUUCACUGCGGACGCGCAAACGAGCGCAAAAUAAACUUAUCGUGAACGUCUUCGGGUCCUCACCCGAUCUUUCGGCCAACACCCCCAUUUCUAGCUACGUCCGCCGCAAGACGCCAGGAACGUCCCCAUCUUCACCAUCAUUUCCUCGAGACUUUGGCCAAGCUCGGGAAUUCUCAAAACCUUUCAUUAUGCCCACACUCCCUUCUUUCUUACCUGCUUCUGCGCGUAAGGAAGCCUUUUCCUUGACUCAAAACCUCGAGAUGGACAACCCUUCAGUCCCACCACAAUCGCAUCCCGGUUUCAUGGAAUUUUCCGAUGUAGAGCUUGACACAAUGUCACGUCGAUCCCACUUUCAUACUGGAAUCCGAAUAUCCACCCCGCUAACAGUUACAGAUCACAGCGAGAGGGAGAUACACCAUAGAACUGUGCAUGUUGCAUAAUACCCAAGGCUACCUGCCUUUUGUAAUAUAAGGACUCUGGGACUGUUGUUAGUACUGCAAUGCGACCGA